AUAAAAGGCCGCUUAGUCGGAGCUUCUUUGACUCCAGUGCUUUGAGCUCUUUCUCGGUUUUUUCCCUGCAUUCUCCCAUUCAGAUCUCGCAAGGGGGGAGAGAGAAAAGCACAGGUGAGCUUCGGGGAGACGGUGGCAAUGGCGGUGUCUCAGAGAUGGUUUUCGGCGGUUAUGCUGUUUUUAGUGCUGGCGUUCGUCGGAGUAGUAAUGGCGAGAGUCCGGACCGACGAGAUCUCGGAUUCCAGAAAUGGAGGUCCAGGGUGGUUGCGGGGCUCAAGCAACUCAACAAUGGCGGCUAGGAUCGCAGAGGCUGAAGCUAGGAAUAAGGAAGCAGUGGCAGACCCGGAGGAGGUUGUGUCCAUGGUUCAGAGGAGCAUUGGCAACAGCACAGAAAGAAGGAAACUGGGGUUUUUAUCCUGCGGAACUGGAAAUCCCAUUGAUGACUGUUGGAGGUGUGAUCCGACCUGGCAAAAGAACCGCAAGCGCCUUGCAGACUGUGGCAUUGGGUUCGGCCGAAAUGCUAUUGGCGGUCGCGACGGGCGUUUCUACGUGGUCACCGACCCCAAGGACGACGACCCCGUCACCCCAAAGCCCGGCACCCUGCGCCAUGCCGUCAUCCAGGACAAGCCCCUCUGGAUUGUGUUCAAAAGGGAUAUGGUCAUCACACUCAAGGAGGAACUCAUCAUGAAUAGCUUCAAGACAAUUGAUGGGCGAGGAGCGAAUGUACAUAUUGCUAAUGGAGCCUGCCUCACGGUUCAGUAUGUUAGCAACAUCAUAAUCCACGGCAUCCACAUCCAUGACUGCAAAUCCACGGGGAAUGCCAUGGUUAGGAGCUCCCCCAACCAUUAUGGGUGGAGGACAAUGGCCGACGGGGAUGGCAUCUCCAUUUUCGGGGCAAGCCACAUAUGGAUUGAUCACGUUUCUCUGUCUAACUGUGCGGACGGCCUCGUGGAUGCUAUAAUGGGUUCCACCGCCAUUACCGUUUCCAAUUGCUACUUCACCCAUCACAAUGAAGUGAUGCUGUUGGGCCAUAGUGAUUCUUACGUGCAGGACAAGAGCAUGCAAGUCACGAUUGCCUUCAACCACUUUGGAGAGGGUCUCAUCCAGAGGAUGCCUAGGUGCAGACAUGGGUAUUUCCAUGUGGUGAACAAUGAUUACACCCACUGGGAAAUGUAUGCCAUCGGUGGAAGUGCACAACCCACCAUCAACAGCCAGGGCAACCGAUACCUUGCCCCCAACAACCUUUUCGCAAAAGAGGUGACAAAGAGGGUGGACACGCCGAACGGAAUGUGGGGGGGUUGGAAUUGGAGAUCAGAGGGAGACCUGAUGCUGAACGGAGCCUACUUCACCUCCUCAGGUGCCACCGCUGGUUACGCUAAAGCUUCAAGUCUGGCCGCCAAGCCUUCCAACAUGGUUGCUACCAUGACUAUCUCUGCCGGUGUUCUUGACUGCCGCAGGGGCCACGGGUGCUAGCUACCAACACCCCCCGGGAGGCAAUAGGGAUCCGUCAUUUACUCCCUACACAUAUCCAUUCAUCACCCUUUUCAAAUGGGCAAAAAAAAAAAAAAAAAUUACCCGUUUAUUUUCUUCUUCCUUUUUUAUUUCCAGCAUUUUGCCCCUGGUAAAUUUCCAAAUUUAUUGUCGUAUUACUGCGCCCUCAACCAUAUACCACCCAUGCAUUAUUCCUCACUACAAUUUGCAUAUGUUGACAAGUGUACAUUUUUUACACGUGUCAUUUGCAUCAAAUGUUAUGUCACACUUAUUAUUCCCAUUCUUCCACUUUGGCCAUGCUGCUCAACCUCGGCCUGCAUCCCAUGAAAAGAAAAGAAAAAAAAAAAAAAAAAUACCACCUCCAUUGAUACGAGCAGGUGCGGAAGUGUUGUUUCUUUUCUUUUCUUUUCUGUUUUUUUCUUGUUUCUUCUUCUGAUUACUUUCAGUGUUUCAAUUCCCAUCUGCCACAAUCAUAUCCCCGCUAGCUAGCACAUGGUGUCAUCAGUUUGUCUUAAAAUUAGAGGAGCCUUUUUCGCUAUAUACAUACCUAUGUAUUUGCAUGUCUUCAAUUCGGAAUCUUUAAUUUGAGGGUUUUAUAGAAAUGGUAUGAUUUCUUUUUGCGGUUGUUUUCUUUUCUUUUUCUUCAUGGUCUUUUAAGUCACACAGGGAUUAUAACUACUAGUCUGGAUUAAUGUCGAAGUCUUGAGUUUAGCUUUCUUUUUUUUAAAAAAAAAAAACAUUUGUAUUACAGAUGAACGCAAGCAAAGCUGCAAGGUUCUUUGUACUCUUUUCCUAUUCUAUUUCCUUUUUCUUUUUUUCCUUCGCUUUUUUUUUUUUUUUUUUUUUUGUUGGCUUUUCUCAGCUAAUGGAAUUAAUGGAUAUUUUUUUC